AGCCGUCGGAGCCGCCGCUGUGGUUGCGCGCCGGCCGCGGUCGGAGGCGAGUCAGGACCGCGGACAGCGCCCCCACCCCCCGCGCCGCCCCGCGCCCACCAUGACGGCGGAGACCCACCUGCAGGGCGUGGAGAUCUCGGCCGCCCAGUUCUUCGAGAUCUGGCACCACUACGACUCCGACGGCAAUGGGUUCAUGGACGGGAAAGAGCUACAAAACUUCAUCCAGGAGCUGCAGCAGGCACGGAAGAAGGCAGGCUUGGAUUUAACUCCUGAAAUGAAAGCUUUUGUGGACCAAUAUGGGAAAUCUACUGAUGGAAAAAUAGGUAUAGUUGAGCUUGCUCAGGUAUUGCCAACGGAAGAAAAUUUCCUGUUGUUCUUCAGAUGCCAGCAGCUAAAGUCAAGUGAAGAUUUCAUGCAGACAUGGAGGAAAUAUGACAGUGACCACAGUGGCUUCAUUGAUUCUGAGGAACUUAAGAGCUUCUUGAAAGAUUUAUUACAGAAAGCAAAUAAGCAGAUUGAAGACUCAAAGCUAACAGAAUACACAGAAAUAAUGCUCAGGAUGUUUGAUGCAAACAAUGAUGGAAAGUUGGAGCUUACUGAACUGGCCAGACUGCUCCCUGUACAGGAAAAUUUUCUUAUUAAAUUUCAGGGUGUCAAAAUGUGUGCAAAAGAAUUCAAUAAUGCCUUUGAGAUGUAUGAUCAAGAUGGCAAUGGCUAUAUAGAUGAAAAUGAACUUGAUGCCCUACUGAAGGAUCUCUGUGAAAAGAACAAAAAGGAACUAGACAUUACCAACCUUGCAACAUACAAGAAAAGCAUCAUGGCCUUGUCUGAUGGAGGAAAGCUUUACCGAGCAGAACUGGCUCUUAUUCUCUGUGCUGAGGAAAACUAGAGCUCUUCUAUCAUGUCCACUUAACUAGUGAUGUACUCUACACAAUAACUGUGCACUAUAAGGGAGUAGGCUGUAUUUUUAAACUGCAUAUAGAAAAUUAGCCAGGAUGUGUGGCACAUUCCUUUCAGUUUGUUUCUAUACUGUUUGUAAUGUACAGUUUUUGUAACAAUAAGAUUGAUAAAGAGAAUGUCAGUGUUUGGGCCAGUCUGUAUAUUCAAAAAGAAACUAAAUAUGUGAGGGUUGGUUUUGGUUGGGUUUUUGCUUUCAUAAACACAGCUGGAGAAAAAUUAAACCUGCUGACAUUGUUGUGGUCAUCAUAUCCUUUGACACUUGCAACAUUUCUUGUUAAACUACAUGACAAAAAGAUCAACACAUAAACACGAACUUUCCCAAAACAAAUACAUGUGGGGUUUUUAAAUAUGAAACAUGAAUUCAGAUUAAAUAUGAUCUAGGUCUGAAAUAGGAAAGAGACAUUGGCAUGUCUGAUUUCAAAAAUUUAGUAAGGCACUAAGAAAUAUUUUGAGUUGUUAAACCUCCCACUGUCUGUACUCUCUGCAGUCUUACAAAUACUCUUCUCAUUGCGAAUUCAUAGCAUAUAGACAAAGCAUUUAUCUGGAAUAGAUCUCCAUGCAGUAGUUGAUAAAAAUAUAGUGUUCUCAAUCUAGCUGUUUUACUGAAUUUAAACAUAGGCACUUCAGAAAUAAAUGCCUUUAAUCUGUCUUGAAAUCCUGGCUAAAUGACAGGUAGUAUAGUUAAUACACAGAUUAACAUAUGAUAUUAUAAGUGUACCUUUCAUGACUAUUGCUGUGUCAGAGAAUAUGACAAUCCAUUUUCUAAACUAUUUUCACAUUUUGCAGGUUAUAAUUAUUCUAGUAAAUUGCUGUUUUUACAUCAUAUUCUGUGUAAUCUAUAAUUAAAUUUAAUAUCCUAAGAUUA